AUGUCAAGCACGGCCGAAAGCUUCGACUUCAGACUCAAGCGCAAAGUGCGCAACGCUGAGACCAAGUUGUUCGAAUGGAGGCCAUGCAGUUGCACCAUUGUGGCACAAGAUGGCAACCUCUUGUUGCAGUUGCAGUCGCCUCCAAGAGAUGAAGAGAGUCAGGAUGAAAUUGACAACGAGAUGGAGAUCAUCACGAUCGACUUGGCCACCCAACUUGUAAACGUUGUACCCAAGAAGAACAAAGCGAGGUGCAACUUAGAAUACUACUCACUACCAUCUACUAGGAGCGAAGGCGUCUUGAAAGAAGAACUCAUGGCACCGUCGGGUGCUCAUUGCCAGCAGUGGAUGGCGCAAGUUCGACGUGUCCAGCAACAGGCUCAUCAGCACCGAAGGCCAACAUCCAGUUCUUCCACUCGAUCAGGAGCGUCACCUGUUGCUCCUCUACUUUCACCUCUCACGAACUCUCAAGCGUCCAUUUCGUCCAUCUCUUCCGUGUCGACAACGAUACCGCCGACAACGGAAUGGCGUAGACGAAGCGGAACUCGAAUUUCUACUCCGGAAUACCAGUACUCGUCUUCUUCUGACAGUGAUACCCACCAACAUUCUACACGCUGCUCUCAAGGAGAGUCCUCCCAAGCGGAGUUGCAUAUUCUCCAGCGCGUUGAGGCCGCACUGCGAGCACUUGAAGUGGAGAACGCUCAAGCUAAGACACGUGAGCGUGAUCUUCUCCAAGAGAUACAAACGCUACGUGACGCGGCUCGAGUGGCAGCAGCCGAGCGUAAACACACAGAACACGAAUAUCGACACGCACGACGCAAAGCUGAGUCCUGGAGACGUGCAGCUCAAAGUGCUGAAGCUGCAGCCGCUCAACUACAAGAACAACUGGGCGUCGCACGCGAAGAGAAUCAACUCUUAGCAGGCGACAAGCUGCGACUUAAACGUCAGAACAACGAGCUUCUGACGCAGGUGCAUCGUCUUGACUCGCUCGUCUACGGUCGAUUUUAA